ACACUUUCCAAACCUCAUCGUCAUCUUCCACUGAGCUCUUCUUCUUCGCCUCUCUGUGUUUUUUAUAGAAUCAUGGGUGUGUUCACUUUCGAGGACGAGCACGUCUCCGCCGUGCCCACCGCUAGACUCUACAACGCUCUGCUCAAACACAGCCACACCAUCCUUCCCAAGGUUAUCCCUGACAUUAAAAACGUCGAGCUCGUCGAAGGAACCGGCGGCCCUGGAAGCGUCAUCAAAGUUUCCUCCGUCGACGAAGGUGGGAACCCCAGAUACGGAUUGCACAAGGUGGAAGUGGUUGAUGAGGCGAGCUAUGUGUACAACUACAGCAUAGUGGAAGGCAACAUUCUGAUGGAGCCUGUGGAGAAGAUCUCGUUCGAGACCAAGAUCGUGGAGGGCUCCGCCGGCGGAUCAGUGAUCAAGGUGGUGAUCAAAUACCACACCAAAGGAGAUGCGUCGCCGCCGGAGGAGAUGCUCAAGAUCGCCAAGGAGAAGGGAGGACAUCUCUUCAAGUCCCUUGAAGGUUACAUUGCCGCCAACCCCGAUCUCUGCUAGAGUCGUUUGCGAAGCAAAUUAAGUUUGUAAUAAGAUGGAGUUGGAUCGAUCGAUACGAAAUUGGGGAACAAAAAAAAAAACUUGUUUGUGUUUUUUUGGUCAUCGUCCUCUCCCUGUAUGUGGGCUUUUGAGGAUUACUUGUCAGUGAGUGUUCUGUUUGGUCUUUCGUAUCUUGCAGUGAGUGUUGGUUGUCAAGUGUUCAUUAUAGACUUCGCACUUUUGUUUGUAUUUUGUAGUAAGUAUAAAUCCCAAAUAAUGUAAGCAAUUUCACUUCAUUAAAUA